AUUAAUAAUGGCAAGAAUCAAUAAAGAAGAAGUUGACAUGGAUAAUCCAGCAUAUGCAUAAUAAGAUCCACAUCUUAAAAUUAAUGAUGAUGAUGAAAUGGGAUUGCCAUUUUCAUUUAAAAAUCGUUAUCCUAGAAGACCACCUCUAUUUGAUGGUUUAUUAAACAGUGUUAGAGCUGUAACUAAAAAAGUAGAACAUAUAAAAGGUUUUAAAUUUGAAGUGGCAGGUGGAUUGUCAAAUAAUUUUCAUUUAGCUCAUUCUUGGUUACUACCACCAUCUGUAAAUCUAUCUUAUAUAUAUUUAGAGUAAAGGUAAAGCACCAAAUCCUAAUCCAAUGAAACAACCACCUGUUCCAAGUUAUACUUUAGCUGCUUAAUAUUUGGGAGGUUCUAUCAAAACACCAUAUGAUCAACCUACAUAUAUCAUGACUGGUAGAUGGGAUUCAACUGGAAAAUUAGAAGCUGCUCUUAUCAAAAAAUUAAAUGAAAUGUUUAAUUUUAGGUAGACUUUUAUUUUCUAUUAAAAUUAUUAAGAUUUAGUGCCUUUUAUUUAAAUUCUGAUCCAUUAAAUGCUUAAAUUCAUUUAGAUUGCGAUAUAAAUGGCGAAGAUUAUGUUCAUUCUAUCAAAAUUGGAACAGGAUUAUAUAGUUUUAAUAUGAUGCAAACUAUUGGAAAUAGACUUGUAUUAGGAUAUGAAAUGAUGACUCUGGUAUUUAUAAUCAACUAUUUCAAGACAGAAAGAAAUCUCUCAUUCAUGAGUUAUGCCUUAAAAUAUGGUAUUAAUAAAAAUUAAAUUUUUUUCUCUUAAUAUGUUGGAGCUGCUAAUUAAUUAAUCUUAGCUUAUUAUCACAAAGUAAAAAAUUCAAAUCGAAAAAUAGUUGUUAGAUAAAUCAUUUUUCAUGUCAGAAUUAGAAUAUUCAAAUUAAACUGGAGAAUCAAAAGCUAUUCUUGUAAAAAUAUAUUUUUAUUAUUUUAGGGUUAUAGAUAGAAAUUUGCCAUUUCAGAAGUUAUAGUGACAAUUAAUUCAAAAAUGAAAUUCAGCUCUGCAUUAACACUUUAGGGAUUUGCUUAUUAAUUAAAAUUAUGCGCCAUUGCAGAUUAUUAAAAAGAUAACUAUAAAUUUGGAUAUGGGAUAGCAAUGGGUUAAGUUUGAU